AUGCUCUGGACCUUCGUCAGUUGGUGUUGUCAGGUCGCACAGAGGUGGGAAUCUGAACGACUGCGUUCGGGCGAACACAUCCGCGAGAGUCAAUUGGAGCAGUGGAGGAAGAUAUGCAGGCAGAAACAGCUGGAGGGAGUACGCACCCGCAUGGACGACAUUAAUACUGCUGUUGAUGAGGGGCGUUGGCGAGAUAGCGUUCGGAACAAUAUCGAGAACAACGUGCGGCAAGCUGUUGCUGGAUUCGCAAAUAGGUGGCAGAGCGACCUGUUGCAGGUUAUUGAGCUCCUUAAUGCUGUGUGA